ACGAAAAUCAUGAAACCAUGAGUAGUUUUUUUGCAUACCGCUGCUAUUUAUACACAUAUUUACCAGAAGCUGCAUACAUAGAGAAUAUCUAAAUGAAUUUGCAUGCGAAUAUGAAGCAUUUUCAUUUCAGCACUUCCUAUUUUUGCUUAUAAGUGUAGUGGAAAGUGUGGUGAGACACAGCUUCCCUGUUUACUAGGGCCAUGCCCUUAAAGUCUUAUCAGUGGAAAGUUGCAAAACAGAACAAUAGCAGAAUCUAAUGACACACUUUGCACAGAAGAGGAGAUUGUCUCAGUUGAGACAGACAUCUGAUGGCUGAUUGGAUGUGGUAAAUCUGUAGGAAUAGAAAUCGGUGGGAUAUUGACAAUGGGAGGCGCCCAGGCAAGCCAAAGAACCCCAGAGGAUUUCAGACAAACUAGCACUUAUGAAGACUUUCCACGGAGAGUGCAUGAGAAUGACACAGCAAUAGUGUUGGAUAACUAUCCUCCUCCUGAUAUCUGCGAGCCCAUAUUUCGAAUGGGAGAUUGGCUGAAAAUAGUGUCUGAGGAAGGGUAUUGGUGGAAGGUCUGCUCAGUCAACACUAAGGAAGUGAACUAUAUACCGCACUGUCAUGCCUCAAAAGUCUACCAUGGCUGGCUGUUUGAAAACGUUUCCAGACCAAAAGCUGAGGAACUGCUUCGACUCCCAGGAAACCGAGUGGGGUCGUUCCUGAUAAGAGAGAGCACAAAAGGCAUGUACAGCUUAUCUGUGCGCCACAGAGCUAUUAAGCAUUACCGGAUAGUUCGAAUGCCAAACAACUGGUACUACAUCUCUCCACGCCUCACAUUUCAGUGUCUGGAAGAUCUGGUCAACCACUACUCUGAUAUAGCAGAUGGCCUGUGCUGUGUUCUUACUGGCCCAUGUUUGACUGUCGGUGAAACACCUCUGAGUCUCCCAUCGACUGAGGGGAGAAAAUUAUCCUUUGACUGGAGAGCAGUGAACAGCGCCGAGCUCGUCCACCAGAGUACAAGCCCUUCAGCUGUCAGCUAUGGGGUUCAGAACAGUGUCUCUUCCUACCUGUCUUUGCUGGGAGAGCAGGAAAAGCCAGAGAGAAAGAAAUUUAGUUUGAAGAAGAAGAGGUGGAAGUCUGUCUACUUAAUGCCGAACCACCAGCUUGACAGUUUGGCCACUGUGGAAGACAACUAUGAGGAAGUGCUUUGAUAGAUAUAAAGCUGAUUCAUUCGAGGAGCUAAAAAGCUAAUAUAUAAAGACACUGAAAGAGACUGAAUUUUUGUCAGAGAAACACUUGGAAUACUUCAAAUAGUUCCUUAAGCACGUUUUUAUUCAGAGAGCUUACAAAUGAGUGUUUUAAGAUGCUUGUGCAACCAUGAUUCUUUUUUUUUUUUUGGACUGGAGAAGAGUGAUUUUACUUUAAAUGUGACCUCAGACAUUAGUCUUGUUACACAAAACAGUGGUGUCGUAUAACCGGCAGUGGGACCUCAGAGUUCUGUUCUUACCAUAAGUAAAGCUCGGCUGAAGAGUGAUGAAGCCGACGGCGAGGUGAGAUGAAGGCUCGCAAUGUCGGCUCCGUUUCUCUCUGCCCCUAUUGUGACUUUAGUGGGGUCUCCUCCAAACAGAGCAAUGUUCUUCUGAACCCAACCCAGAGCAGCUGCCUGGUCUUGCAACCCAUAAUUCCCCGGCACAGCACUGGAACCUAUACAGAGUGAACAGACUUUAAUUCAUGAGGCACAUUCUGUAUCUCCAAAUGUAUUUUCCACUCAUAGAUCAAAACUAUCACUCUAGAAGAUUUGCAGUAAAUUACUGAGAAAUUACCUUUGCACUAUAAUCAGCAUGUGAAAGUCCUUCCAUUAUAGAGACAACAAAAAUAAUUAUAAUCUUUUUUUUUUUUUUUUUUUUUUUUUUAUAAUGUUUAAUCAAAUCUUCAAAGCUCCACAAGGGUUUAGCUGGAAAACUCAAGGAAGCCAAUCAGGCUUCUGCACAGCUUUCUCUGUGUGUUGUUUUUGGAUGGACAGUGAAAGCUCAUCCUGGCAGAACAGUCAAAGGCACCAGUUAGGCCCCCUUUUCAAACUUACUCAACCAAUGUUGGCAAAGGGGAAAAGAAUCUGAAUAUUUUCACAACCACUGUGUGGAAUGGAACUUCUCACAUGGACCUUACGUAACUAUAUUCCAUAACCAUAUUCCAUUCCAUUUUUUGGAAUAAAUUAUCCUGUUUUUGCAUUACGUCAUUUUGUUCUAACUUAACAGAGCUUCCAGGACAAGGUUUAAUUCCAGUGUAGAAUAUAUUAUAAAACUUUGUCUCCAUAACAUUGAGGUUCAUUCCUUAAAACUUUUCAGGACUUUUCAGCACAACGUGCCAAGUGCCAUUCUAUGUUUUGUUGCAUGAGAAUAAACACAUAAAUAAUAAGGGCAAAUAAAAACAUUUUUUACUAAAAAAAGAUUAUAUUCAGGGCUCAUAAUGGUGAGGGCUCAUAAUUUGUGUUAUUUACCAGAUUCUAUACUAUUGCUCAACAAAAAAAACUGUUUAACUUGAAAAGUGUGUUGUCAGUGAGGUGUUUUUUUUUGACAGAAAUGAAUACUUUUCAACAAGGAUGCAUUAAAUCGAUCAAAAGUGACAGGA